GACCAGCCCCCAAGUGGCCACACCCUGUGCUUCUGUCUGUCCUCCAAGCACCAAGGUCCCUCCCUCUGCACAGCCGGGGCCAGAGGCAGAGACGCCAUGACCCCCACCCUCACGGCCCUGCUCCUCCUCGGGCUGAGUGUGGGACCCAGGACCCGAGCUCAGGCAGGGACCCUCCCCACACCCUCCAUCUGGGCUGAGCCAGGCUCUGUGGUCCCCUGGGGUAGCGCUGUGAACAUCUGGUGUCAGGGGACCCUGGAGGCCGUGGAGUUCUAUCUGGAUAAAGAUGGACACUCAGUGCCCUGGGACAGACAACCCACAGUGGAGCCCAGGGACAAGGCCAAGUUCUCCAUCAUAUACAUGACAGAGCAGUAUGCAGGCCAAUAUCACUGUUCCUAUCAGAGCCCCGCUGGCUUGUCAGAGCGCAGUGACCCCCUAGAGCUGGUGGUGACAGGAUUCCAUGGCAAACCCCGUCUCUCAGCCCUGCCCAGCCCCAUGGUGACCUCAGGAGGGAAGGUGACCCUCCAGUGCACCUCAUGGAUGGGAUUCCAUAGGUUCGUCCUGAUGAAGGAAGGAGAACCCAGACCCACCUGGACCCUGGACUCCCAGCGACCCACCAGUGGGCAGUUCCAGGCCCUGUUUCCUGUGGGCCCCAUAACUCCCAACGUCAGGUGGACCUUCAGAUGCUAUGGCUAUUUCAGAAACACCCCCCACAUGUGGUCACUCUCCAGUGAUCCCCUGGAGCUCCUGGUCUCAGGAACCUCUGGAGGCCCCAGCCCCCCACCCACAGAUCCCAGCUCAACAGCUGGAGCAGUUGACACCAUCAGCCCAUCACAAAACAAGUCAGACCACAACACUGGAUCACUGCAGUCAGAGAGGAAUCCAAGAUGCAUCCAGGAGGUAAACUCGAGAGAGAACAACGCAACGAUCAGAAUGACAGAGUCUGGGAAGCACAUCUUAUGUGCCCAGGAAUUUCUGGAAGAGUAUGUGAGCCAUGUGCUGUGGGAACUGUCAACAUUCCCUGUUGCCCAGACCAGUCCUCAUCCUCUGUGACAUCAUCUCCAACCUCCAAAGACUUAUUCCACAUACCACACGACAUAGUGGUCAAGUAUAUAUCUUUUGUCAUUAUUUAUUUGACACCCAUAACAUUCCCAGGACUAGUAAUGAUCAGAGAACAGGAUCCAUGUGAAUUUAGCACAUACUUUAGUAUUCAUGCUUGGAGCAUUGUGUGAAAUCUAGUUAACUUUUGUAUAGAUUCCUGGGAGGAUGGAUGGAUUCAGGAUCGAUUAUAAAUGGAAAGACAGACAGAAAAGUUUACCUCUACACAAACAUACACAGCAAUCUGCAAUAAAUUAACUCAGCAUCCUC